CGUUCUCUUCUGUAUGCGAUGUUCUUGUCACCUGCGAAACAUUGCUCUUUCCUUCCUUCUUCAACUCUCGGAAGAACCAUCUCCUUUCUCCAAUACAGACAAUCAAAAUGAAAGAUCAAAAAGGCACAUCAUGCCCUUGUCCUUCCUUCAAAUCUUUAUCCAACAAAGUGGGAAACAUACUUUGCCAUCGUCCUUCACAAAUUAGGUACAAGCGAUUGGACACGAAGCUUGAAAAGAAGGUGCUCGAAGUGAAGAACACAUCAUCAUCAAGGCAUAACGAGUUCCAAAGAAUCGAUAGCAUCAUCAUGAAGUUUCCUCAAUUCAAAGAGGGAUUGAAGAAUAUUGAGGCCGUUUACCAUCAAUACGAUGAGAACUCAAACGGGAAAAUCGAUAAAGAGGAAUUAAAGAAAUGUUUGGAUGAAGUGCAGCUUCAUCUCUCCGAAAAGGAUAUGGAGGACUUGUUUCAUUCUUGUGACAUUGAUGAGAACCAAGAAAUAAGAUUCAAAGAAUUUAUCGUUCUUUUAUGCCUCAUCUAUCUCUUGAAAGAAUCUUCAUCAACUAAUGAGACGGAAAAAGUAGGUUCACCUUCAAUACAAGCAACUUUUGAUACGAUCAUUGAAGCCUUCUUAUUUCUGGACAAAGAUGGCGAUGGGAAGUUGAAGAAGAAAGACGUCAUUAAAGCACUGAACGACACCUCACCGAGGGAGAAAUCUCCUCGCCACGUUACGAGGAAACGAUUUAAGGAGAUGGAUUGGCGUAGGAAAGGAAACGUUAGCUUUAGAGAGUUCCUUUUCACUUUCAUUGAUUGGGUUGGUGUGGAAACCAACGGCAACGGUGACAGCUUCAGCUACCGCGAUGUCCAUGUCUACGGCGACGAUCUUCCCUCGUGAACACCACUUGAGAGGAAAUAUUGCCCGUGACAUUCAUAUAUCAUUAAAUCACUGUACAUGUGAUUUGAACGUACAAGAAACACUAUUGAAAUGCUCUGUCCGUGUGUAGAAUAUAUACUUGUCCCACCUGGGUUAUUUUGUGCGAAAGUUAUAUCAACUAGUUGCUUUAUCAAAUCACUUAGGAGGGAUUUACCUAGACA